UAUUAGCCGUCCGAGCGCAGGAAUCCGGCCCGACCCGCGCCGCCUAGUUUAUUUUUAACCAGCACCGCGGGGACUCGGAUGGUGCACGCACCGCCGGCCAGAAACAUCUUCCCAGCGCAGCUCUCCAUCUUCCGCCCUCUCUCCCCCGACAUCCUCCCCCCCAUGUGGGAGGGGAAACUUUUCUCCUACAUACUUUCGAGUCCCUCUCGGGCCGGGAAGCACGGAGAUGACGGCGCCCGCCCGCCCGCCGCCGCCGCCGCAAGGUUGCUCCAACUCUGUGCUCCAGAAGUGGUGACUUUGAGGUGUGACCCUGCCCACAUUUGGGCCCAACCGGUGCCAGCUUCUCAAUAAGGAGGUCUUGACUUGAUAAGACGAGAAAAACAGUGUCAACCAGUGAUAGCCCGUAGAGGAAAAAAGAAGUAAACACGGAGCCAUUUCUUCCUGCGUGUGGAUGGUAGUUCUCGCAGGGGGAAAUUUCACGGUUUAUCAGUUGGCAAAAAAAUGGAGUUCUAUGACAGAGGCUUCUUAGAAGCAUAAACUCCUGUCCCAAUGACGUCAAGUUCGCCUGUUGGCUUGGAAGGCCCGGACCUGUCUUCCAUCAACACCAUGAUGUCAGCAGUAAUGAGUGUAGGGAACGUCACAGAGAAUGGAGGGAGCCCCCAGGGCAUCAAGUCCCCGGUGAAGCCUCCAGGACCAAAUAGGAUUGGCAGAAGGAACCAGGAAAUGAAAGAGGAGAAGUCUUCCUACAACUGCCCCCUGUGUGAAAAGAUUUGCACUACCCAGCACCAGUUGACUAUGCACAUUCGUCAGCACAACACAGACACUGGAGGAGCUGACCACUCAUGCAGCAUCUGCGGGAAGUCCCUGAGUUCGGCCAGCUCCCUGGAUCGCCACAUGCUGGUGCACUCGGGCGAAAGGCCUUACAAAUGUACUGUGUGUGGCCAGUCUUUCACCACCAAYGGGAACAUGCACAGACACAUGAAGAUUCAUGAGAAGGACCCCAACAGUGCCACAGCUGCAGCCCCUCCGUCCCCUCUGAAGCGCAGGCGGCUGUCCUCCAAGAGGAAGCUGAGUCAUGAUGCCGAGUCGGAGAGAGAAGACCCAGCACCAGCUAAAAAGAUGGUAGAAGACGGGCAGUCAGGUGACUUGGAGAAGAAGGCCGAUGAAGUCUUUCACUGCCCAAUAUGCUUCAAGGAAUUUGUUUGCAAGUAUGGACUGGAGACCCACAUGGAGACCCAUUCAGAUAACCCACUAAGAUGUGACAUUUGCUGUGUCACCUUUCGAACACACCGAGGACUGCUGCGCCACAACGCACUUGUCCACAAACAGCUUCCCAGGGACGCAAUG